GCAUCGACCAUUGAGGCAUUUUGACAAACAGUUGUUGCUGCUGCUGCUGCUGCGUGUCGAUGGAGGGGAUGAGGGCGGAGGCGGCGGCGGCGCACUAUCGCGGGGUGAGGAAGAGGAAGUGGGGGAAGUGGGUGUCGGAGAUCCGGGAGCCCGGGAAGAAGACGAGGAUCUGGCUAGGGAGCUUCGAGUCGGCGGAGAUGGCGGCGGUGGCGCACGACGUGGCGGCGCUGCGCCUCAAGGGGCGCGAGGCGCAGCUCAACUUCCCCGAUUCGGCCGACCAGCUGCCGCUCCCCCGGACCUCCGAUCCCAAGGACAUCCGCUCGGCGGCGCUCGAGGCCGCCGCGCGGCUCCGGUGCAAGACGGCCGGGCCGCCGCCGGCGAUGGAGAGCCUGGGAAACGACGAGCUCGGGCUGGACUCGCCCAAGAUGUGGGCGGAGCUGGCGGAGGCGCUCCUGCUCAGCCCGCCGGCGUGGGGAGGGGAGGUCGUCGGCGAGGUGGAGGAGUACUGGGAACACCACGCCUCUCUGUGGGAUCCAAUAUUCCUUUAAGCAGGCGGUGCGUGCUCCAAAUGUGCGUGCGCGCUCGCCGCCAUUGGUUCAGGUGGCCGGCAAAGUGAACACAGUCACACAGAGUUCUUCCUAUUGGUUUGAUGGCAUGCAGGAAGUCUGCAGUUUUUGCAUUGCAGAGAAAUAAAUUAGAGAGGGAGAGAGAGAGAGAGAGGGGAAUCCAACUUCGAUCGGUUAAUUCUCACUAAUUAAGUACUGGAGCAGUGCAAACACCUCCAUUAAUCUCCUCUCUUAAUCCAAGUAUGUAUAGGUUCGAUCUACUUAAUCUCUUGAUGUAUGCUAACAAGUGAAGUGUGUAUUAAUUGUCCAGUAACAGAAUAUAAUGCAAGGCCGCUUUUUUCGAAUGUGCGUGUACUCCCAAUGCAAAAGGAAUUUGUUGAA